AUGGAUAAUGUUCUAAAGUAUAAAAACUUCAAAAAAACUAGGAACAUGAAACCUGCUCGCUUGGUGGGAUGGAUACUUGCAGUUUUUACCGUACAUGCAGCAUCUCCGGCGAAGGUCCCAUUGAUGAUGGGUACAGAUCCCCAUGUUAGCUCGGAGCUUCUCGAGGCUUCAUUUAGAUGUAAAAUUUCCAGGGACAGUAAGUCUUUGGUUGAUAGAGUUUAUACUAAGCCUCCAGAGGAGAUAAAUGCUCUAAUUAUUGAGAUGCUGAAGGAAAAUCGGGGUUUUACUGGAGAGCAGGACUUCUGGAGGUUUGUUAGCGAACACAGCUUUAUACCAGAAGCAGAGCUCAUUUUUGCAAAGGAUGAUGAGGACCUUUUGCAAGACAUUCCAUCAGAGGAGCCGGGUUACAUAGCAGAACUUGAUAAAAUCUUAGUCAACAGUGGUCCUUUGUGCCAAGACCAUACAUACAACCAGAAGCUAGAAAAUCUGCUUAGGGUUGCAAGACAACUUAAUAGUGAAUGGAAGAAUAUUUAUGUAAAGCAGCGUGAUUUGGAUGAGGGGAAUCACACAACCAUGAUAAAAGUCGAAAACCCAUUCAUUAUUCCUGGAGACCGAUUUAAAGAGGCCUAUUAUUGGGAUAGCUAUUGGGUUAUAGAAGGUUUGGUUAGAAACGGCAUGCAGAAAGUCGCCAAGGGUAUGGUUGAAAACUUCAUAUCUUUAAUAGAAAAUAUUGGUUUUAUUCCUAAUGGGCUUAGGAAAUACUAUCUAAAUAGAAGCCAGCCUCCUUAUUUUCCCCAGAUGCUUUUUACACUUUAUAGACACCUUCCAUGGGAAGAAAUAGAAGAUGUAAUAAAAAGAGGACUAAAUGCUGCAGUUGUUGAGCAUGAGUUUUUCAUGAGGGAAAAAUCAGAAAAUGUUGUAAAGGACGGAAAGACACACAUUCUCAAUGUUUACAAGGUCAGGGACACCACUCCAAGAGCAGAGUCUUAUAGCGAGGAUAGGAUGACGACUGAGGAAAACAAGGCCAGAGAAGAGAAAUAUAGAAGAAGAAGUGAAGAGAUUUAUUCCGAGCUCAAGGCUGGAGCAGAGUCUGGAUGGGAUUUUUCAACUAGAUGGUUAGGACUGCAUGGGCAGCUUGAUUCCAUAAGGACUUCCAGAAGGAUCCCUGCAGAUCUGAAUGCAAUGAUGUAUGCUAAUGAGUGUAUAAUUUCAAAGUUAUAUGAAAUAGUUGAAGGCAAGGAUUCAAGGAACUCUCAGGAUUUCAAGAGGAAAAGUGAGGAGAGAAUCGAUGCAAUCAAUAGCGUCUUGUGGUGCGAUCGAGAAGGUGUAUGGAAUGAUUAUGACAUAGAUACCAAAGAACACACGUCGUCUGGCUUUUAUGCCUCAAACAUAAUGCCAAUGUGUUACGGGAUUAAACCUCCAGAAGGCAAAGACGUAACUGUCUACAACAUCCUGAAUAUGUUUGUAGAAGAUAUGUUCGGACAUCCUGGGGGAAUGCCGGUGAGUGGGGCUAAAAAUAAGAAUAGCACCUUGCAAUGGGAUUAUCCAAAUGUCUGGCCUCCACUCGUACAUGCAGUGGCAUUAUUCCUAGAGAGGAUAGGUGAGCGUGAAAUGGCAUUACACAUGGCCAAAUCUUUCUUGGAAAACAUAUCUAUCUCUACUUCUGUUGUUGAUGAAGAAAAGAGAGGAAUCUUUGAGAAGUACAGCUGUGAGAAUGCCGGAUGUCCUGGAUACAAAGGGGAGUAUAUGGCACAAAAAGGAUUUGGAUGGACCAAUGGAGUUGCUAUCCAUUUUCUAGAUAUUUUUGGUUUGGAAUUGAUUUCGAGCAAAACACAUGAAGAGUCAUACAAAGCCAUAAAGGUUUUGUUAUCAAUGAAAGUAAAUAGCAAAGAAAUUCCUGCAAAUCAUACGCCGGAAAGAUGCCUUCUUUUGGAAUGUUAG